AUGGCGUCCGAUUACUUCUACCCAAACGUCGGCGGCGUCGAGUCUCACAUUUACAUCCUUUCUCAAAAAUUAAUUCAACGCGGACACAAGGUUAUCGUCAUCACCCACGACUAUGGCGAUCGUUGCGGAAUUCGACACUUACCUGCCGGCCUCAAGGUAUAUCAUAUUCCAAUCGGUACUUUACCAUUCUCUUCAACCGCAGCGACGGUUCCGAAUUUGUUCGGAUGUCUACCUCUCGUUCGAGCAAUCCUGCUUCGGGAACAGAUUCAAAUCUUGCAUGCCCAUCAAGCGCUUAGUUCCGUUGGACUGGAGGCGACUAUGCAUGCCAAAACGCUUCAAAUCGGGAUCCGGACGAUCUUCACAGAUCAUUCACUCUUUGGUCUCGGAGGUGGUGGCUGGGGUGAAGUGAGUGGAAAUAAAAUCGUCAAGGGUAUCCUGAGUGAUAUCGAUGGUGUGAUUUGUGUCAGUCACACUGGGAAAGAAAACACGGUUUUAAGAGCCAUGUUGAAUCCCGAUAUAGUCUAUGUAAUACCCAACGCCAUCGUUGCCGACAGCUUUCAGCCUGACCGAAAUAAAUCCCGUUAUUCCGGUGGUCCAUUGACAAUCGUCUGUGUUUCUAGGUUAGCAUAUCGCAAAGGGAUCGACCUUCUAAUAGCCGCGAUCCCGAAAUUGUGUAAAAAGUAUCCGACAAUCCGGUUUUUGAUAGGGGGAACAGGACCAAAGCUAAUUGAACUAGAACAGAUGAAAGAAAAAUAUCAAACAGUAAUCAAACCUGAUCAACUUCGGAUACUUGGACCGAUUCGAGCAGAUCAAGUUCGGGACCUUAUGGUCCAAGGAGAUAUCUUCUUGAAUGCAUCGUUGACUGAGGCAUUUGGGAUGACCCUUUUGGAAGCCGCAUGUACCGGAUUGCUUGUUGUGUCAACACGGGUUGGAGGAAUACCUGAAGUACUUCCUGAAGGAUUGAUUGAGUUUGCUGAACCCGAAGUAGAUGACCUGGUUCGUGCCACUGAGAGGGCCAUCAAAGUCAUUCAAUCCGGAACCCACGACCCGCAGAAGGUUCACGAAAGAGUUCGGGGAAUGUACAGUUGGACUGACAUUGCAGCUCGAACGGAACACGUAUAUUAUGAAGCUUUCAAGAUCGAGCCCGCUCCAUUAAUUGAGAGAUUCCGAAGAUACUACGGAUCAGGAAGCAUUUUUGGGAAAGUGAUGUGUAUCGUUGUGAUGUGUCAGUAUAUAUUUAUGGGCAUCUUGGAUUGGUGGCUACCACGAGAGCAAAUUGAUUAUGCACCCGAUUUCAACUAUGACGCUUACAUUCAAGCUCAUGGUAUAGAUUGA